CAGCAGGAGCUGAAACGUGGCUCUCUUGUUAUUGUCAAGGACAGUACUCUUCCACCCCUUCUGUGGUCUUCGGGAAGAGUCAUAAAUGUCUACCCUGGGAGUGAUGGCAUCGUCAGAGUCGCCGAGUUGAAGACCAAACGAUGCCUCGGCCAUUCGGAGGGCAUUUAAUAACAUCUGUUCAGAAUCUUGAAGCCUUCAUCAGCAGCCUUCAACCCGGGGAGCAUGUCGCCGACUAGUCUUACGCACGGGAGGAGGAACCACGACCAAGGGAAGGAGCGGCCGCGGCGGCCGACACUUGCUUACGCGCCUCGCACAGCAUCGCACGGGCCCAACUGCGUUCAUAAUUUAACACCACGUCAACGUUAAAUAAUCUGUUUUGUGAUAAAUAUACCAGUUUACCUAGAAUUACAGUCCAGGUUAUUUAAAGUCCCCAUAGGACCCUUAUCAUUGGUGACUGGCCGUCACCAAUAGACGAGCACAGAAAGAGGGAGACAAUUACAUCGCUACCAACUUAACAUAAAAAUGAAGUCAUAAACUAUUAACAUGUGCAGUAUUGGCAACAUUAAAAUGAUGGAUACUCCAACAGCACUAUAUGCAAAUAUUUAGGUUUCAUAAUUGAUACACAGAGUUAUCAUAUUGCUCUUACAGAUGAAAAAAGAAUUCUAAUCAAACCACCUGUCCCUAUUAACAAAGUCGGAUCUUGAAAUUUGCGUUUUUUUUAUUAUUUCAUAAUUCAUUCUUAAAUAACAAUAUCUACCGGCAACAUCAAUUAAAAAUAUAAUUUUAUACAUAGUUUUUUAAAUACACACAUUAAAAAUGUCGGAUAUAGUCCAGAUGGUCCGUUAAGAACGUCAGUUCUUAAAUACCUACAUCCUUUGCGGGGCGACACGGGCGGCCGGUUGCGCGGAUCUCACAGUUCUAACAAUGUUAGCGGGUAAAACGCACGUCCCGUUAUAAAUAAUUUUAAGCCAACAAUAAUUUAGUUAUUUAAUCAUUUACUAUAUAAUAAAUAAUAUACGCAAAGAUGUUCAGUAGAUCUUCCCAUUUAGUAAGGUUAGCUACUGAAAAACGAGUAGAAAUUAGGUAUGUAUUUAACUUCAAAAUAUUAAAACAUACAUUUUUUUAAAUAUUGUAAGUAAAUUUUGUAUAAUUUAUUUAAAAUGUAUUAUUUUUCAGGUCAACUCAAUAUUAAAUAUAAUUUUGACUAGGUACCUACUAACUUUCAUUUAUAAAUUAAUGAUUGCAAAAUUUACUUGACACAGCGUUUAACAAAGUAGGAUCUUCAACAUACGACUUUGUUAAUUGUCUUUACUUUUGACUAAAAUGUCGGUAGUGUAACAUCCGACGUUGUUAAAUGUUUCUGAAAAUGGGCAUAAUUUCGGUAGUGAGACAUCCGACGUUCUUAAACGUUUUUGUAUUUAGGUUAAAUGUCGGUACAAGGACAUCCGACUUUGUUAAAAAGGUUUUUUACAAAACAUCAAUGUCGAUAGUGUGAAAACUGGUUUAAAAAAUCCGGCCAAGUGCGAGUCGGGCUCGUGCACGAAGGAUUCCAUACCAUAUUGUGAUGAAGAAGUAUUGAUUGAGACUGAUCAACGGGGCAAAUAUAAGCACAAGAAGACAGUAUUAGACGAGAAAAUGAUUCGAAGUGUUUCUGAUCUUGUUAAGUCCUUUCCCUUAGUAGAAUCACAUUAUGUCCGGAAAACUUCCAAGAAAUUAUAUUUAGAAGGUAUGACUAGUGCAUCUUGCAUGUAUAAUUUGUAUGAGGAAUUGUUCGAUUCCGAAAAAUAUAGUAAUAGAGCAAAUAAAAGACAAUAUCGGGAUAUAAUCAAUGCAGAUUUCAACAUAGGAUUCCAUAAACCUAAAAAAGAUCUCUGUAAUAUCUGUCAUAUUUACAAAAACAAAAAAAAUCUAACAGAAGAUGAAAAAUCUGCAUUUUUAAAACAUCAAGCUUCAAAAGCAACUGCCAGAUGCUUAAAGCAGCUCGACAAAGACGAGGCGACUUCGAAUAUAAAUAUUUUAUGGGCCACUUUCGACUUUGAAAAGGUUUUGAUAACGCCACAUGGAGAUAUAAGCGUUUUUUAUUAUAAAAAAAAAGUUAUGUACACAAAAUUUUACGGUCUAUCGUAUGGCUACCAAAAAAGCUACAUGCUUUAUGUGAAACGAAGUCAUAGCAAAACAUGGGGCAAAUGAGGUAUCGAGUUGCUUAUAUCAAUAUAUAAAAGAGCACGCAGUUAAGGGAGUAAAAGCUUUUAAAUUUUGGUCAGAUAAUUGUGCUGGGAAAAAUCACAACCGUUUUUUUUUCUUUAUACUUACUAGCGGCAAAAGAAUUUGAUGUUACGAUUACUCACCGUUUUAUGGAAAAAGACCACACCCAAAGUGUGCAUUCAACUACUGAAAAGGCUAAUGAUCAUAAGCAUAAGCUACAAUUAUAAAUUUGUACCAGAAGAAUGGUACUGCCUCGUUCUCUGGGUCAAAAUUGAAGGUGAUCCUUAUGAAGUCAUAGAGAUGACAACUCCAGAAAUACUCGAUUUUAAAUCUCUUUUAAUAAAUAAAAGUUGGAAUAAAAAUACAAACAAUGAGAAGAUUCAAUGGACACCCGUAAGAGAGGUAACAGUAAAUGCACAGAACUUUGAUAGGAUCGAAUAUAAUUAUGAUUUUGCUGAUGCACCAAAGACUGUUGUUAUGAUACGAUGUGGUACCCGAAAUACUGAUAGAUUAUCUCGCGAAUUCCAAAUAAAAUAGGCCUAUGAUAGUGAAUUACCAAUAAGUCAAAACAAACAUAAAGAUUUAUUGGAUUUAUGUUAAAUUCAUUUACCUUAAAUUGGCACAAUCUUAAUUUUUAUGCAUUUCCCCCAGUGUCAGUAAUUUUGAAGGUUGUUCGAAAAAUUAUCACAGACAAAGCAGAAGACUUGGUAGUUGUCCCCCUCUGGCCCACUCAACCGUAGUUCCCUAUAUUUCAAAUGCUAUGUCGCCAUAUGAUUAUCCUUGGAACCAAUACAAAUGUUUUGACAUCUGUUCCCAACAGAUACCUGGAACACAAAGUUACGCUGGUAGCCGCGAGACUAUCCGCACGGCGCUCUCACGAAGGGGUGUCCCACCAAGUGCAUUAGCUAUUAUGGAUGCGUCAAUAUCAAAUAACUCAAUCAAGCAAUAUGGUGUGGCUUUUAAGAAAUGGUUUGUUUAUUGUAAAAAACAUAAUUUCGAUCCUUACGCCGCGUCAGUUCCCCAUGUAAUUGCAUUCUUAACUGAAAUUUUUCAAACUGGAGCUCAGUAUAGUACAUUGAAUAGUUAUAGAUCUGCAUUAUCUUUGAUUUUAAACUAUAAAAUUGGGACGGACGAUAGAAUGACAAGGUUAUUUGGUUUUUAUCGCCUUCGUCCCCCACUGCCGAAAUAUAGUGUUACCUGGAACCCUUCCAUUGUACUAAAUUUUUUGUAAGUUACUGGUUUGAUGAAACAGCAUACGAUUUAAAAGCAACAAUGUA